ACAUUCAGUCUCAGAGAGCGGACGGCAACCGCCACAACUUUGAUUAGGCCCCAAAAAAGAACAAAAAAAAAAAAAAAAAACAUACUGAAAACACACGGAAAAUAAGAGAAAGAGCAAAAGCAGAAAUUAACAACAAAACAGUUAAAGGCAAUAACAAGGAAUGAAGUAAAUGUUACAACAACAGCAAGUACAGCGAGAAGAGGAAGCAAGCAAUGUCAACUAACUGCAACAACAACAACAACAACAGCGACAGAGAAGACAACAACAACAAUUGUUGUUGUUUUUAAGCUCAACUGCAGCCCACGCAAUAAGCAAUUAGCGCCGCAGGAGCAGCGACAGAGCAGCGGCAGAGGGGCGGCGACAGCGCAGCAAACAGCUGUGUGAGUCAGUGUGUUAGUGUCUGUGUCCGUGUCCGUGUGUUACUGUUUUCGUGUAUGUGUACGUGUGUGUGUGUGAGCGGCACAACAACAACAAUUGCUAAUUCACCGUUAGUGCUAAUUCAAUAAUAAAUAUACAACAACUAUUUACGCUGCUGCGACUCUAUUACUUUUACUUCGAGCAGCGAUUACAUAAAAUAAAAGAAAACGAAGGAAAGAACGAACGAAGGAACGAACAACAACAACAACUCAAAUUAGUCAUUCAUAAUUUAUUGAUUGUGCGAGCAUGUGUUUGUGUGUGUGCUAGCGCCCCUUGUCUAUGUGCGCGCGCGUGUGUGAGUGAGUGUUUGUUUGAACGCGCUGUUAAACAAACGUCGCCUAGCCGUCCUUUUGGGAGCCUGGCUGGGCAUAAAAAAUCAAUAGACAUCAGCAGUAGCAGCAGCAGCAGCAGUAACAAGACAACGACAACAACAUCAACAACAACAACAACAGCUAUAAGAACAACGACAACCACAAAACGCAGCAGUAGCAGCAAUAACAACAACAACAAAGGAUAUAAUAGGCGACAGACACAAACACAAAUACAAACAGACACAGCUCAAAGAGCAAUUGGCAAAGCAGCCACAGCCACAGCCAACGCCAACGCGAGCGACAAGGACAGCGCGCGAGCAAAGAGAAAGAGCAGUUGACCGAGCAGCAUAACGAUAACAAUAACAACAACAACAACUAAGAUGCUCUCACUGCCGCCGUCAACAACGCUGCUUUUGCUGCUGCUUAUCAUCGGCUGCCUGACGCUGACGCUGCCGCUGCCAACAUUCGCUGAGAAUGCGACGUUGUCUGCCGACGCUGUCGUCGCUGCCGACGCCGGUGUUAACGCAACGUCCAGCACAGCAGCGCCGUCGCCGUUGGCUAAUAAUGACUAUGAGAACCGAACCGCAAUCAGUAGCAGCAGCAGCAACAACAACAACAAUAGCAACAACAACGAUGCUAGCGACGAGCAGAGCUUCACCAGCGGCAGCGGCAGCAAUUCGAGCUUAGCGGAGACAACAACCACAACGACCACAACAACCGUGACCACAACCAACACAGCAGCAGCCAACUUAACAGUGGAGCAGCAACAAGAAAUCGCCAGCGUUGCAGCGCAGUCGCCAGCUGGCAGCAGCAGCAAUCUAAGUAACUUAACAGUUGCCGCUGCUGAGCAGGAUGCCUUUGGCUCCGCCACGCCCAACAAGGGCGAACAGGAGGCCAUAUUGCGUGCCCUCGAUUGGCUAAAAGAGAAACGUGCCUCGGACUACGGUUGGGCCAACGACACCCAUGUCGUCAUACUGGCCAAGGAGCUGUCGGGCGGUCGCGAUCCCAACGAUAGUGCCGAUGCACAUUUGCAGGUCAUCCAGGAUCUGGAGGAUACGCUCUCCGUCAAGGAGAUGGAGAUCGAGAUACUGGCGAUGCUCGAUCGCCAUCAUACGCUGCCCAAGCCGCUCAAUCUCGAUAAGCUGGCACGCUAUGUGCUUGCCUUGGGUUCGCUGUGCAAGGAUCCGAAGCAUUUCCAUGGCCACGACUUGGUUGCCACACUGCAGCAUCAUGAACCCGCCCAGGACAUUGAGUUCGCCCUGACCACACUCUCCGCCUGCAGCUCGGCGGCGCAUGUCCGCAAGCGUCAGAUACGCCGACUUCUCGACAUUGCCAGCGGUGUGACGGAUCAGAGUGUCGAUGCCAUUGCCAUGGUCAUCUUGGCGUUGCGUUGCAUUGUCACCGAUCAUCGGCAUCGCCAUCUGCAGCAUUUUGUGCGUCGCCCCGCACGGGGUUUGGCCAGUCUGCAGGAUCAACGCGGCAGCUUUGGCUCGUUGCGCAGCACUGCCCUGGCCAUGCAAGCUCUGCAGGAUCUGGAGUAUGAUCCGGCUGGGCAUUGGAAUCGCACGGCCGCCUCGCGUUACAUCUUGAGUCGUCAGCGUGCCGAUGGCGGUUGGAGCGAGGAGCCGCUACAGGAUGGCCAGGAACCCGAUAUUGGUGUCGGUCUCACGGCGGACAUUAUCCUCGCCCUCGGCUGGAAGGGAUUGGGCGCUGUCCGUGCCCUGCAAUGUGAUCAUGUCAUACGCGAGAGCAGCGAUCCCACAGAGAAUGGUGAACCGAAGCUGGCGUUGCCAUUUGGACUCAGUUCAUCGGCCGAGGAGUCGGAUGCCAAGAAUAUCACGUAUACGUACACUCUGUGGGUCGGCUCCAAUGUCACCGAGGCGUUCUCCCUGUCCCUUGUCUCACCAAAGAACACCAGUUUCUUUAAGGCCAUGACACAGGCGGCUGAAAUGGAUCCAAGAUUCAUUUUCGAGGCCCGUGAAUGGCCCAAUGGACACUAUGUGCAUACGCUCUAUGGCAAAAAGGAAGAACCGCGAGGAUAUCAUUACUGGCUGCUCUACAGAUUGCCCGAGUUACCUGAUCCGAACAAUACGCCUGGGAAUCAGCUUAUUGCGCCUGUUGGUGUCGAUGAGCUAAUGGUCGAGGAUGGAGAGCACUAUCUCUAUUGGUAUAAGAAACUUUAAGCACAUGAAAAUGGAAUUUGCGCUGGCCUUAGUUGCACAACAAAAUACUAAAGUUAACCCAAGGCAAGGCCAUAUAGCAGCUAAUACGUCAAAUAGAAGCAGCAGCAAAAGCAACAACAGUAAACAGCAACAAGAACAACAAACAACAAACAACAUAAAUAGCAUAUACUCUCAUCUAACUGAUUAAUAAUGGCGUAAUCAAAAAUUUACAUUAAUCCCAGAAAUCUUACACAAGUCCAUAAACACACAUAACAUAUUAUGUGCACAUGGCUAGAUCCCGCAUAGUUAUUCUAUAUAUAUAUUUAUAUAUAUAUAUAUACCCAACAUCGACAUACACACGCAUUCUACUAUAUACAAUAAUAUACCCUAUCGGUAGCUUACAAUUGUGUUUAGGUUAUACACCAACAAAACAACAAAAAAAAAAGAAGAAAACAAAAAAAAAAACAAA